CAGUCCCUUCUUCUUCCUCAUCCUCUCCUUCCAGCCCUACGGGGCAUGCCGGGAGCUGUAGUUCCUGUGGGGAGGGCCCCCCCCGCGCGGAGCACGCCGGGAGCUGUAGUUCCCGCGGCCGCUCUCUCGCGGAGCACGCCGGGAACCGUAGUCCCCUCAGCGCCUCCCGCCGCGCUUGCCGCGUCUCCCCGGUGCUUCCCGGCAGCCCCCGCGCGGCGGGCGCUGAUUGGGCGGCGGCGCGGGCGGGCGCACGCGCGGCCGUUGGAGGCCGCGGGCCGAGCCGCUCCCUCAGCGCCGGCCCCGCCGGAACCGCCGCGACCGCCGCCGCACCGGCCCCGCCGGGCCCCGCCGCGCCGGGCCCCGCGCGCCCGUGGGCUGAGGAACGAGGCGACACCUGCGUCAGACCGCCGGCGCUGACGUCACGGGAGGCUGGGAUGAAGAACCAGGCACUGGAGACCAAGGCAGCUCCACGUCCUCCCAGAGCGAGCAGCGGGAUGGGGCUGGAAGAGGGAGACUCUCCAGAGGCUGCAGCUCCCCCGGAAGCUCCCCUGACUCAGGAGGAUCCCAAAUCCUCCCGCGACGUUUCUGAGGAGCUGAGCCGGCAGCUGGAGGACAUCCUGAGCACCUACUGUGUGGAUGCCAGCCAGGAGCACCCAGGGGAGGAUGGGGGGCACGGGGAUGCCCCCGAGGAGCCCGACAAGGCCCUCAGUGAAUGCCCCAGGAACGGGGAGCAGGAGCCAGGAGGGCCCGAGAUCAACGGCGAGAAGGAGAGCUGCAAGGGGAGCGAGGAGUUCCGGCCCGGAGAGGAGGCUGCAGACAGGGACCAGAGGAAAGCCCAGGAGAAGAAGAAAGCCAAGGGUUUAGGCAAGGAAAUCACUUUGCUGAUGCAGACCCUGAACACCCUGAGCACGUCAGAGGAAAAACUGGCAGCUCUGUGCAAGAAAUACGCUGAGCUGCUGGAGGAGCACCGCACGUCGCAGAAGCAGAUGCGGAUCCUGCAGAAGAAGCAGAGCCAGCUGGUGCAGGAGAAGGAUCACCUGCAGGGCGAGCACAGCAAGGCCAUCCUGGCGCGCAGCAAGCUGGAGAGCCUGUGCCGCGAGCUGCAGCGGCACAACCGCACCCUCAAGGAGGAGGGCGUCCAGCGUGCCAGGGAGGAGGAGGAGAAGAGGAAGGAGGUGACCUCUCACUUCCAGGUGACCCUGAACGACAUCCAGCUGCAGAUGGAGCAGCACAACGAGCGCAACUCCAAGCUGCGCCAGGAGAACAUGGAGCUGGCCGAGAGGCUCAAGAAGCUCAUCGAGCAGUACGAGCUGAGGGAGGAGCACAUCGACAAGGUGUUCAAGCACAAGGAGCUGCAGCAGCAGCUGGUGGAUGCCAAACUGCAGCAGGCCCAGGAGAUGCUGAAGGAGGCAGAGGAGAGGCACCAGAGGGAGAAGGAUUUUCUGCUGAAGGAAGCUGUGGAAUCUCAGAGGAUGUGUGAGCUGAUGAAGCAGCAGGAGACCCACCUCAAGCAGCAGCUGGCUCUGUACACAGAGAAGUUUGAGGAGUUCCAGAACACCCUUUCCAAAAGCAGUGAAGUGUUCACAACGUUCAAACAGGAGAUGGAGAAGAUGACCAAGAAAAUCAAGAAGCUGGAGAAGGAGACCACCAUGUACCGCUCCCGCUGGGAGAGCAGCAACAAGGCCCUCCUGGAGAUGGCAGAGGAGAAAACCCUGCGGGACAAGGAGCUGGAGGGGCUGCAGGUGAAGAUCCAGCGCCUGGAGAAGCUGUGCCGCGCGCUGCAGACGGAGCGCAACGACCUCAACAAGAAGGUGCAGGACCUGUGUGCCCACACAGAGCUGCUGGAGCCUCUGAAGGAGCCACCCCGGGACACCUCCGAGGCAGCUCCAGAUUCCCUGAGCCCAGGAAAGGCCCCACAGAGCCCGGAUCCUGCAGGAGUCCCAGCAGAACUGAGCACGGGAGCAGCAGGGCAGAGCGGGACUGAGCAGGGCACUGACUGAGCCCCGGGCAGGGCACACGGCUGGGCUCAGGGAGGGGGACCUGGCAGCUGCUUUAGAUUCCACUCUCCCUGCCCUGGGACAGGUGGGGAAGGACAGGACACAGCCCUCUUGGGGAUGUGAGAUUUCCUAGUUUAGGUUUUUGGAGGGUUUUUUUAAGAUUUUAUAUAUAUAUAUAUAUAUAAGAUAUAUAAAAAUGUGCAGGGCAACGCUUUAUCUAUGGAUAUCCAUAAGAAGCAGAAGGGCCCAGCUCCCUGCCUGUGUGAAUAUUGAAAAUAUGGAAGCUCAGCUGAUUGUCCCUCUCACUCAAGGACCUGGUCACUGGCAGGCUCAGGAGAGCAGAGCCCAGGCACAGGGACAGGGACACGCCUCCACCAUCACAAGGACUCCACUCUGGAGUGACAGCAGAGCUGGGAGAAUUCCAGAACAUUCCCAGUGCUGGAUUCUCCCUCUUCCCCUGCCAGGCAGGAGGGAGCUCCUGGACUGGCUCUUGCUGGCAGCUCCUGUGUGAGCUGAGGGCUCAAGAGGCUGCUCCCCUGCUCUCCGUGGGCUCCGUGUCUGCAGCGGGGACGAGGAGAAGCAGGAAAGGGGGUGCCUGGUCCCACCCUUGGGAGUUUUUGCUCUUCCCAGGCCCUGCCAAUCUCAAAACCGCCUUAUAAUUCACAGUUGCCUCUUUGCUGAACGCACACGUGCACAAAGUGUAUUAAACAGUUAACCCAAAGG